UGUCACAAAUGUGACAUUGGCAUUUCAAUAUUAUUGUUCCUAAAUUAAUAAAUUCCUUCUAUUUGUUUUAAUGUACCCUUAAAAUUUCCAUUAAACUGCUAUUUUAUUGAAGGCACAAGUUACUGGCCGCUGCUGCAAAGUAUUAUGGCACUAUCCAAGAAUGCACGCUACGCAGUACUCCUAGGCGGUCUUUUUGGAUUAAUGGGACUGACUUUAUAUCCCGUCGCUAUAAGUCCUAUGAUGGAUUCCUCAGAAUACAAGAAAUUGCAAAAAAUCAACCGAAGAAAUAUUAGGCAAGAGGAUAUUCAACCAGGAAAUAUGAAAGUUUGGUCAGAUCCUUUUGACCGUAAAAAACCAGAAGGAGAAUAAACAAAAUAGAUUUUUACUAUAAUGUUGUUAGACAAGAUAGAAUAGACUAGGAAUUAUUUAUGUAAAUAUAAAUAUUUUAAUGAGAGAUUAAUUAAAUAGUUUUUAUUCAGAA